AUGACUUCUGAUCCCUCUUCAGUUGAUGAUCUAGGUGAUCGUCGGCCAAGACCAGGAUCAACCGACAGUCCACGGACAACAAGAAGCAGGAGACAUCUAUGGUCGUCGUUACCGACUCGGGUGAGCAGCGCCUGCGAACGAUGCCGUCUCCAUAAAUCUCGGUGUGAUCCUUUCCGACCGUGUACGCUCUGUGUCAGAGCCAAUGUGGAUUGCCAGGCUCUGCCGGCGCAACAGAAGGAUGCGGUUCGAAGCCGAGUGGCAUCCCGACGUACCCUGAGGAAUUCUCGGCGUCAGUCGAAACCCCCACGCAUAGGCCCAGCCGAGCAGCCGCCGGAUCGUGAGGACAGUCCUCGCCAUGAGGUGGAAGCGCCGGACGCUAAUGCGCCCGGUGCUGACUUCCUUCCGGCGGAUGAGCACAGCGCCCGCUCAGCCAUCGACUGCGGCGAGGCGGAGUCGGCCAUGGGACUGGCGCGCAAGAUCUGUGAACUGGGCAGUCAACACAUCGACGAGCGAACGACAUUUGCUAUCCCAGGGUACCGAGCAAGUACCAGUGCGCCCGUCGCGCAGUCGGCCGUUGCGGGCCAACGGCUGCCCAUCUCCUCGAUCUUGGGCCAGCCGUUACCCAUUGGGGAGUUGAUGUAUGAGUUGUUGGAGGAGUAUUUCGAUGCCAUCCAUUGGUUCUCCCUGGUGGUGUAUGAACCGAAAUUUCGCAGACGACUGCGUUCGAUCGAAGAUGGCUCGGCCUAUCCAUCCCAGAGGCCGUUUCUCUUGCUGCUGGCCGUCAUGCUCGGAAUGGCGGCCUGGUACCGAUCACAACGGAAUCGCGACGCCGAAGAUACGAGGGAACAUUGGCGACAAUGGAGUUCCAAUCUCAUAAAGAUCGUUGAAGCGAACCUGGUUGAACUGAUGGACCAGCCUUCAGUGACAGCCGUGCAGACCUGCAUCCUCCUGGGCUCGCAUCAUGUCUACCAUGGCCGACCGAACCUCUCCUUCGCGCUCUUAGGCGCGACGAUCAAAAUGUCUCAAGCGCUGGGCAUGCACCGCGAACCUGUCCAGGGCGAAUUCGGAGACAUCGAAGAAAGAAAGCGAGUGUGGUGGACGAUCUACACAUGGGACCGGUUUGCGUCCAUCACCUACGGUCGGCCGUUGGGAAUCAACGACAAGGACUGCAAUCUCAGCAUGCCGGCUGACAUGUUAGAGAACCCAUCCUUUACCACACCGGGAUCCGGCGACGAUAACCUGAUAUGUUAUUCCGCGUACCAGCGCGAGUUAAACCGUCUCUACCUGAUCGCAUCCCCGGCGCUAGAAGCGGUAUUCGGUUCGCGUACCUUUCGUACAUCGCAACAGCUGACCGGAAAUCCAUAUGCUUCUCUGGUCAAGCAUGCCACUCAGGAGCUGCAAAGAUGGCGAGCCUGCCUCCCAGCUCAUCUCGCAUUAGAUCUCGAGCGAGACUAUCAUCCAGACGGCGAGCCCGGGUCGAGGGCGCACGCAUUACAGUCCCUGUCACUCCAACUCACAUAUGACAACGUCCUCAUCGUUCUCCAUCGGCCACUGCUGGCACGACAAGUUGACCAUCUCACCUCAACCACACGACCACCGCACGGUAGCAGCGACAGCGGUUCACCUGCAUCCCAUCCGGCCGCUGCAUCCUCCGGCCACUCUACUCCAGGCCUCUCGUUCGAAGCACCAUUCCCGACUGCACAAGCAGCCAGUUCAGACCUCUGGAUGAACGCAGCGGUGCGAACCGCCCGUGUGACCGAAAUGCCGGUGCUCGCCCAGCUCGCAACGGACAGCCACCUCGUCGCCUUCCUCGCCAUCAACCUCUUCAACGCUGCCAUCGUGCUGGUCGUGAUGGCGCUCUCCGAACCCCUGUCCGAUACAGCGCAGGUCGUCAAACGGACCAUCACACGGAUCCUGCGUCUCCAGGACCUCAUCGGGACCCGAUCAGCCCUGUCAAAGCAAAGUACCACGGUGCUAAAGAACGUGGUUACUAUGCUCCUCCGGCGCGAGUCGGAGGUCAUAUUCGGGCCCAUCACCGGGUUCCCCCAGAGACUUGGGCAUCAUGUCACGCAGGACCCGACCAGUCUCGGCCGCAUGUCCGUUGAGGAUACCCUGCGACUACCCCUUGAUGGGACGAUAGGUCUAUCUGAUCCAAUAGUGGGCAAUCAUAUCCGACCUGAUCCAAGCCGGGCGGUUCGGCUGAACGAGAGCUUGACCACUGUUCAUCAUGUUCUACCACCUGGGAACGACCGCUCCGUCAAUAUUCUCUCCGGUGAAAGCCAUCAGACCCAUCAGCCGCCCGAUGAAAACACCGAAUCGCAGUUCGCCCUUCAGGUCCCGAUGGACUAUGGCUGGGACGGUGCUGGCGCUGUCCCCAUGGGGGUGGAAGACCCUUAUCUAGGGAAUGGCGAAAGCGGCAUGUAUUGGUUAUGGGAUAUGACAUGGGACGGGAUGGGCGUUUAA